AUGGAGCCGAGGCUGGUCGGUCCCGGGCCCUACCGCGCCACCCGGCUGUGGAAUGAGAUAAUUGAGCUCUUUCGGUCUGGGAUGCCUUUACGGAAGCAUCGGUGCCGCUUCAAAAGCUAUGAGCGUUGUUUCAAAGCCUCAGAGGCAGUGGACUGGUUACAUGAACUACUCGGCUGUAAUCAAAACUUUGGCCCGGAAGUAACUCGUAAUCAAACAGUUAAGCUGCUUAAAAAGUUCCUGAAAAAUCAUGUUAUUGAAGACAUUAAAGGAAGAUGGGGCAAAGAGGACUUUCAAGAUGAUGGUCACUUAUAUAGAUUUCCUCCUUCUUCACCACUGAAGCCAUAUCCAAAGAAACCUUCCUGUAUGAAGGAAGUAAUUAAAUUUCCAGAUUGGAAUGAACCUAAGGCUGGCACUUCUCAAGAACAUAUCCUAGUGAAAUCAGUUACAAUGAACUCUGAAAUGUGGUACAAGCGUCACAGUAUAGCUAUAGGAGAAGUACCAGCAUGCAAGCUUCUGUUUCGCAGAGAGCUAACACAGGCAAAUAUAGAAGAGAUCUGGAAAUCCAUGACAUUGUCACGCUUGCAGAAGAUCUUAGAUUUGGAUUCACUGGAUGAAGUGCUAGAUACAAAGCUUGUGAAUUCUAAGCAUAUUGUUCAAAAUGCAUACAAUGUCAAUAAGCAAGGCAUUGUUAUUUUAGAAGAUAAAUCAAAGGAAUUACCUCACUGGAUAUUGUCAGCAAUGAAAUGUCUAGCAAAUUGGCCCAGCUGCUCAGAUUUGAAGCAGCCAACAUAUUCAGGAUUUGAAAGAGAUGUCUUCAAAACUAUAGCAGACUAUUUUGGCCAGAUGAAAGAACCUCUUCUCACAUUUCAUCUUUUUGAUGUUUUUGUGAGUGUAUUAGGUCUACUGCAAAAACACAGCAAGGUCAUAGAAGCUCUUCAGAUUUGCUGUCUCUUGCUGCCUCCAGAAAAUCGAAAAAAACUGCAGCUAUUGGUGAGGAUGAUGGCAAGAAUCAGCUUUAACAAGGACUUGCCACCUCUUUCUGAAUCAGUGAGGACCAGAACCUUGAUGGUUCAGGCAUUUUCUCGUUGUAUCCUCUGCUCAAAGGAUGAAAUGGACUUGGAUGAACUGCUUGCUGCUAAACUAGUGUCUUUUCUCAUGGACAACUAUCAAGAAAUCUUAAACAUUCCUUCCUCCUUAAAAGCUUCUAUAGAGGAACAUGUUGUACAUCUCAAAAGAGUCCAAAUAAAAUAUGCUGUAGCUGACACUGAUGCAACUUUUCCUGCUCCAUCAUUUUGUCACCAAAUCAGUACAGAUGAAUUUGAAUCCCAAAGGGCAAAUGGCUCUCAAGAACCACUGACAGCUUUAUUGGAGGAAAUCGCAAUGAAUAAAGAAAUAUCUAUCAAAGACAAGAAGAAGAAGCUCAAACAAUUCCAGAAAUCUUACCCUGAAGUGUAUAGAAUACGAUUUCCUACUCCUGAAGCUGAAGCAGUGCUAUUUCCAGAAAAAAAUAAGCAGAAACCACCAAUACUGAUGUGGGCCUUAAAAAACCCAUUUCAACCUUUUCACAGAACCAGAAGCUUUCGGAUGUAA